CUGCCGGGUUAAAGAGUUGGGGGUUUUAGGGGGUACGGUGUUGAUCUGGAAUUAAUGAUUCGGGGUUCGACUUUGAUACGUUCGUGUCUGUGAUCUGAGUGUGAGGAGGAAACAUUCGUCCCAAAUGGGGCUGGUUAUACGGAAGAAGGAAGGAGGACGGGAAAAGGAUCACUGACUGUCUUCGCCCCCACUACUCUCCUCCUCUUUACCCUUACAUUCUCUCUCUUGUUUCUCUUUCUAUAUCUCUAUCGCGGCCCCGUUUCUUUAAUCGCGCGCUCGACAUCUGGAUAGAUUGGUUUAUGUCAGAUGUGAGACGGAGUGGAGUUGAUUUUUUUUAAUGGCGGAGAAGCUUCGUCGCAUGCCAUGGGAGCCGCUCCUUUGUUAGGCUCUUGGUUUAAUGAAUCUGGCCUCCGGCAGCCAACAUAGCGAUCUUAUGCCGGGAAACAAGUAUAAUAAUCGGAGUCAGAACAGGGUUGAUAGGCUGCUGCGAGUGAGGGAACUCAGGAAGCUUAGCAAAGCAUUUAACAUCGAAGAAGAUGAUGCAGCUGGAAGCAGGGAGGUUAAUAACGGAAUUGAUUGCUCCCGGGAGGCUGAUCACCUGCCUGAGGAUGAGAUGGGAGGUGCAGAGUACACGCGAGAGCAUGAGGAAGCAGGGAUAGAGACGGCUCCCCAAGUUGCCAUGAGGGUUCUGGGGGAUGGAUGCAGAGCUUCGGAAGGGAAGCCCAUGAAGCAGAGGCUGCUGGUGGUGGCGAACCGGCUACCUGUGUCGGCUGUUCGUCGUGGUGAAGAUUCGUGGUCGCUGGAUAUCAGCGCCGGUGGUCUUGUCAGUGCUCUGCUCGGUGUGAGGGAUGUUGAUGCUAAAUGGAUUGGAUGGGCUGGUGUAAAUGUGCCGGAUGAAAUUGGGCAGAGGGCACUUACAAAAGCACUGGCUGAGAAGAGAUGUAUUCCGGUUUUUCUUGAUGAAGAAAUAGUUCAUCAAUAUUACAAUGGCUACUGUAAUAAUAUUCUAUGGCCUCUUUUUCACUAUCUGAGUCUUCCCCAAGAAGAACGACUCGCCACAACUCGCAGCUUCCAGUCUCAGUUUGACGCAUAUAAAAGGGCGAACCAGAUGUUUGCUGAAGUGGUGAAUCAACACUAUGAAGAGGGCGACGUUGUGUGGUGCCAUGAUUAUCACCUUAUGUUUCUUCCAAAAUGCCUUAAGGAUUUUGACAGCAGGAUGAAAGUUGGUUGGUUCCUUCACACACCUUUUCCUUCCUCGGAGAUUCACAGGAUGCUGCCAUCUCGUUCUGAGCUGCUUAGAUCUGUUCUUGCUGCUGAUUUAGUUGGUUUUCACACAUACGACUAUGCAAGACACUUUGUAAGUGCUUGUACUCGAAUACUUGGACUUGAGGGUACACCAGAAGGAGUGGAAGAUCAGGGAAAGCUGACACGGGUGGCUGCGUUUCCCAUCGGCAUAGACUCCGACCGGUUUAAGCGAGCUCUUGAGCUCCCAGCAGUUAAAGUUCACAUCAACGAAUUAACCCAAAGAUUUACUGGUAGGAAGGUCAUGCUCGGUGUUGAUCGUCUUGAUAUGAUAAAAGGGAUCCCUCAAAAAAUUUUGGCUUUUGAGAAGUUCCUUGAGGAAAAUUCAGUAUGGCGUGAUAAAGUUGUCUUGCUACAAAUUGCAGUACCUACAAGAACGGAUGUUCCCGAGUAUCAAAAGCUUACCAGUCAAGUACAUGAAAUAGUUGGACGCAUAAACGGACGGUUCGGUACUCUAACUGCUGUUCCUAUACAUCACUUGGAUCGCUCCCUUGACUUUUACGCAUUAUGUGCUCUAUAUGCUGUUACUGAUGUUGCUCUCGUAACAUCACUAAGAGAUGGCAUGAAUCUCGUAAGUUAUGAGUUUGUAGCCUGCCAGGGUGCCAAAAAGGGUGUAUUGAUACUAAGUGAGUUUGCAGGAGCAGCACAGUCUCUGGGAGCUGGUGCCUUACUUGUAAAUCCAUGGAACAUCACAGAGGUUGCUAAUUCAAUAGUCUAUGCAUUGAACAUGCCUCCUGAUGAGAGAGAAAAGCGCCACAGGCACAAUUAUGCCCAUGUAACUACUCAUACAGCCCAAGACUGGGCAGAAACUUUUGUAAGUGAACUCAAUGAUACUGUUGCUGAAGCUCAGCUAAGAACAAGACAGGUUCCACCAGCACUGCCUUCCGAAUUAGCAAUUAAUCAAUAUUUGCAGUCCAAGAAUCGACUUUUGAUACUGGGUUUUAAUUCAACUCUAACAGAACCGGUUGAGUCUUCUGGAAGGAGAGGUGGAGAUCAAAUCAAAGAAAUGGAGCUUAAGUUGCACCCGGAGUUAAAAGGCCCAUUGGCAACAUUGUGCAACGAUCCGAAGACUACCAUUAUUGUCCUUAGUGGAAGUGACAGAAGUGUCCUGGAUGAUAAUUUUGGUGAGUAUAACAUGUGGUUGGCAGCAGAAAAUGGAAUGUUUUUGCGUCUUACUGAUGGAGAUUGGAUGACAACAAUGCCAGAGCAUCUAAAUAUGGAUUGGGUUGACAGUGUAAAGCAUGUUUUCGAGUAUUUCACGGAAAGAACACCAAGGUCUCAUUUUGAACAUCGGGAGACAUCACUAGUCUGGAACUACAAGUAUGCAGAUGUUGAUUUCGGAAGGCUCCAAGCAAGGGAUAUGCUACAACAUCUGUGGACAGGCCCAAUUUCUAAUGCAGCUCUUGAUGUUGUCCAAGGUAGCAGGUCAGUUGAGGUUCGUUUCGUGGGAGUGACAAAGGGUGCCGCAAUCGAUCGGAUAUUGGGAGAAAUUGUUCACAGCAAGAACAUGAGUGUGCCGAUAGAUUACGUUUUAUGCAUCGGUCGCUUUCUUGGAAAGGACGAAGAUAUCUACACAUUCUUCGAGCCGGAGCUCCCAUCCGAACCCUUAGCCUGCUCCAGAUCAAAAACAGCAGAAAUUUUCAAAUCAUCUGCCGAGAAGAGGAACACAGGGAAGCCUUCCAACAUCAAAAACACCAUGAGAGUCUCUCAUGGAAGGAACCAGAAGGGCUCCUUUUCAUUAGAAAGGAAGGCUUCGUCCUCAUCUUCUUCAUCAUCGCCAUCACUAUCAUCAUCAUCAUCCAACCACAACCACAAUAAUAACAAUCUAAACCCCUCGAAAUCGGCUCAAGACACCUCUUCCUGGCACGAAGGAUUCUCCGUGCUCGAUCUCAAGGGUGACAACUACUUCUCCUGCGCUGUCGGAAGGAAGCGGUCGAGCGCGAGGUACCUUCUCAACUCCUCAGAGGACGUCGUGCUGUUUUUGAAGGAAUUAGCGGAGUCAUGCACCCAAAAUGGUUUUGUUAAUCCUAGCAACCAUUUCUUGAAUGCUGAUAGGAUGAGAUGAGAGGUAUUGUAUUACAGAAGGUGUCGUGUGUGCCCCCCCCGUUUGACUGUGGAAAGAAAGCUUGUUUUUUUGCAGGCAAUGUUUUUGCAGGGAAGGGGCUUUAGAGGAAUGGAGCAUUCUUAGGUAUUCUAUAAUGUUUUAUAUUUUAUGUGUUAUUCAUAAUGUUAAUCACGGUUAAUUUGGUAA